UUGCUAGGGGAUCCCAUACAACAUCAGUAUGACCCCAAACAAACGAUCAACCCUUCCGCUGUGGAGAGCAUCAAUAAUGUCAUCACAAUACAUCAGAAGUAUUGGAAAUCUCUAAAGUUUCAAUUAGCUUUACCCAUGGAGGACGUCAUCGGCCCUCUCCCAAAAUCCAGAGGCUUACCUAACACCGAGCCCGAUAUAGAUCAUGCUAAGAUAGUCAGCGACAAAUUAAAAAGAUAUACACACGUUAAUAAUCUAGCGAAAGAAAUAUCCAAUUUAAGCAUCAGAAACGAAUGUGCCGACGGCAUACAUUGUGGCACUGACGACGAAAACGACGAAAAAACUAAUAAAACAAAAAAAAAUGAAGGCGCCGGGGCCAGUGCAAGUAACGCGAGUGCAAGUGCAGGUCCCAGUGGAAAUAAACAGGAGAAAACGGGAACUGAACCCGCGACCUUAGUGGACUAUCUGUCAGAGAACAUGCAGGCCAUAGUUAAUGAGGAGAUGUUCGCUGUAAUACCCUUAACAUGGUGUCCGCAUCUAGACAUGUUAUACGCCAUCCCUGAGAGCGUACAGUUCAAACAAGGAGUCAAAUGUAUUAACUGUGAUCACGUGGAAGAGAAUUGGGUGUGUCUGCACUGUUACAUUACGGCCUGUGGUAGACAUGUGAAUGGUCACAUGCAGGAACACUUCAAGGCGGCCCAGCAUCCCUUAUCUCUGUCUUUGUCCGAUCUCUCAGUGUGGUGCAGUCUGUGUGACGCAUACGUAGACAACCAUCUACUCUACGACGCAAAAAACAACGCCCACAGAUGUAAAUUCGGCGAAGACAUGCCCUGGUGCUAUAACAACACGAUACAAAUGCACUGA